UCUAAUUCCUGCUGCCCUAGACAAGUAAGGAACUUUCGGACUUAUUCAAUCAUUGCCUUUCAAAUCCAAAACAGUAUUUCGGUAACAAAAAACUUAAUUGCUAAAAUGUUUCCCAUGAAGCAAAAGGACUUGAUAAUGGGAGGAGUGCGAUGCUUUCGCCUGGGUUUAUAUCAUAAAAGCUUGAAUAAGAUGAAGGGAUGUGCCAAGACCUCGGCCACAGUUCUCACCAGCAGUUUGUCCAAGGAUCAGCAAACGGAGUUACUUCCCGAGGAGCCUCGCAAACCGGAGGAAAUAAUGCAGCAUUUGGGGCCAAAACGCAACGAACUGGAGCAACGAAAGAUCCGAAAAGCUCAAUACGAAUCGCAUCUGAAGAACUUACUCCACCAGAGGCCCAUGGAUUCCGAGAUGGCCAUUCAGUGCGUUCCCUUUGUCAAGAUGUCCGGUGGUUCAGAGGAUCCCGUGAAAAGGAGAUACGAUAGUCCCGAAUCUCUCCUCGAACAAGUCAGCGAUCCCAUGGAGUUAGCCAAGGAGCUGAUUAAGUUGGCCAGAGAAUUGCACACUGAGCGGCAGAAGAAUGAGAUUAUAAUGCAAAAUUUCCUUGAUCUGGAGGAAUCUGUAUUUCUAAAGAAUUCUGCAUCCAGUUCAGCAACCACUUCCCCCAAAAAGCCAAACGAAAAUUCCAAGUGAAAACUUCCUGUUUCAAUUGACAUUAGUAUAAUUUUUUAUGUGAAUAUUUGGCCAGGCUAAAAUCUUAUGUAAAAAACAUGGUUUAUUUAAAUACAGUUUUUAUUAUAUUUUCGAUAAAAA